AUGGCAACUUUCACUCGCCUGGCUGCGAAGAGACUAUGCUUUGCCCGGCCGUCCGCCUUUAAGGCGAACCCGCCGGCGCUGAAGGCAUUCGCCAUACGCCCAUUCUCAAGCACAAGAAUAUCGAGGGCAGAGGCGUACACGCCCACUACACUUACGGAGUCUGGCCCUGCAGGGGCGGCGCUCGAUGCUGCUUUUAUUACGGACGAUGCCAAACACGACCCUACUGCGAUCGAGAACAGAAAGAUCAGACACUAUACCGUCAACUUCGGACCCCAACAUCCGGCUGCUCACGGAGUGUUGAGAUUGAUUUUGGAAUUGAACGGAGAGCAGAUCAUUCGUGCUGAUCCUCAUGUCGGACUUCUUCAUAGAGGUACGGAGAAGUUGAUCGAGUACAAGACAUACUUGCAAGCCUUGCCGUACUUUGAUCGUUUGGAUUACGUUUCCAUGAUGACCAAUGAGCAGUGCUUCUCAUUGGCUGUGGAAAAGCUGCUUAAUAUUGAGAUUCCGACGCGAGCUAAAUUCAUCCGUACUUUGUUCGGUGAAAUCACUCGUGUCCUUAACCAUCUCAUGUCCGUCUUGUCACAUGCUAUGGAUGUCGGUGCCCUGACGCCCUUCUUGUGGGGAUUCGAGGAGCGUGAGAAGUUGAUGGAAUUUUACGAACGUGUGUCUGGUGCUCGUCUCCACGCCGCCUAUGUCCGCCCUGGCGGUGUCCAUCAGGACAUCCCCAUCGGUCUCCUGGACGAUAUCUACCAAUGGGCCACCCAAUUCGGUGACCGCAUUGAUGAGACUGAAGAGCUGCUCACCGACAACCGGAUCUGGGUCGCCCGUACCAAGGGUAUCGGUGUCGUCUCCGCUGCCGACGCGCUCAACUACUCCUUCACUGGAGUUAUGCUCCGUGGUUCCGGUGUUGCCUGGGAUGUCCGUAAAGCUACCCCAUACGAUGCCUAUGACCAAGUAGAUUUCGAUGUUCCCGUGGGUAUUCAUGGAGACUGCUAUGACCGUUACCUCUGCCGUAUGGAGGAGUUCAGGCAGUCGCUCAGAAUCAUCCACCAGUGCCUUAACAAGAUGCCUUCCGGUCCUGUCCGUGUAGAAGACUUCAAGAUCUCCCCGCCCCCAAGAGCGGCAAUGAAGGAGAACAUGGAGGCGCUCAUCCACCACUUCCUGUUGUAUACCAAGGGUUACGCUGUUCCCCCUGGUGAGACCUACAGUGCCAUUGAGGCACCAAAGGGUGAGAUGGGUGUGUUCGUCGUUUCAGACGGUAGCGAGAGGCCGUAUAGAUGCAAGAUCCGAGCACCAGGUUUCGCGCAUUUGGGAUCGUUUGAUCAGAUCUCUAGAGGACAUCUGUUGGCUGAUGCCGUCGCGAUUAUUGGAACCAUGGAUUUGGUGUUUGGUGAGGUUGACAGAUAA